AUGCCCGUGACCAGACUGAAGCUGGGGAAGCUAAAGGUGGUGCGGCGGCAGCUGCUGCAAAGGUAUGAACACCAGCCGUUUGUCUCCUGCCUGGCUGGCCUCUACGGUUGCCAAUGGAGACGAUACCAAAGAGCCCGGGCGCAGCCAGGGGAGUGCUGCUGCAGCAAGGUGGAAUGUGGCAGCUUUGGCCUCCUGAUCCUCACCUUCUUCCUGAGUUUCCUUUUCCUCUAUUUCUGGAGUGAAGCCCAGAAUGACUACAAUGACUUUGACUGGUUUAACUUUGGGACCCUCGGUUUCUGGUUUCCGUGGUCUCUGGUCCUGCUGGUCGUUGCUGCUGCUCUCUUCACGUACAUUGCCCUACUAUUGGUGCUGGCGGUGUGUCUGCUUUCUGAAGGUCAGAGGCUCUACCUUCACUGGAGCCACAAGACUGGCAUCGUGGUGACGCUGGCGUUCUCUGUCACAGCUACCGCCAUCCUGUCUGACCUCUGGAGCAAAGAAUGGAAGACUCUUCUCCUGUCCCUGCAGGUGACAGCACCUUACCUCCACGUGGGUGCAGUCUCAUUAAUGGCAAUUCUCUCCUGGCCAAUAGCAUUGCACUUCUUCCGCAUGAACAAGAAAGUGCGUCAGGUGGCUGUCCUGGGUCUCUACCUGUCCGUGUUGUUCUCGCUCUACCUGGUCCCCCUGGGAAUGUACUCGCCCUGCAUUAAAGAGGCAGGAACCCUGGGACCUGCACCAACACUCAUUGGACAUAGAGGAGCUCCAAUGCUUGCUCCAGAGAAUACUGUGAUGUCCUUUGAGAAGGCAGUGGAAGCUGGAGGAGAAGGACUAGAGACUGACGUCACCAUCAGUUACGAUGGUGUUCCCUUCCUGAUGCAUGACUCCACCCUGAAGAGGACGACUAAUGUUGCUGAGGUUUUUCCAAACCGCACACACCUCGAUGCCUCCAUGUUCACGUGGGCUGAGCUGCAGCAGCUGGACGCUGGCGGCUGGUUCUUAUCGAGGGAUCCGUUUGGUACUGUGUCGUCCCUGUCUGAGUCGGACCGUUCUCAGGCCCAGAAUCAGUCUGUUCCCUCGCUGGUCCAGUUUCUCGACGUAGCGGCCCGAACCGGCAGACUAGUGCUGUUUGACCUACGCAGGCCACCGUACGGACACCCGUACAGUCAGUCAUACAUCAACACCACUCUGCAGGUCAUACAGGCCCACAUCAACUCCUCACAGGUGCUGUGGCUGCCUUCUGAAGACAGGGACCUGGUCCAGGCUGUGGACCCAAACCUGCAGCAGACUUCUGGAGAAAAGGCUUCGAUUCAGGAGCUGACAGACGACCACAUCACCAGACUGAACCUGCACUACAGCACAAUGUCACAACAACAGAUCCGGAAGUACCAGUCAGUGAACAUCAGCACUAACCUCUACGUGAUCAGCCAGCCGUGGCUCUACACUCUGGCCUGGUGUGCUGGAGCGCAUUCUGUCACCACCAACUCCAUCCACAUCCUGUCCAACAUCAACAAGCCACUCUUCCUCAUGACCCCAGAGGAAUAUAGUCUGAUGUGGAUUCUAACGGAUGUGGUGUCCGCCUUCCUCAUCAUUGCAGUUUUCGUGUUCCAUUGGUGGAGGGAGAGAGGUCUGCCCUUCUGGUCCGGCAGCCGCCAGACUCACGAGAACGGACCGUACAGCAAGUUCAGGACAGAGCUCAGUGAUGUGUGGUCCAUUUCCAGCGUCAACGUCCGGCCCGACCUACGGAGCACGCCCAGUUCACCCACCACCCCUCACUUACCCACCAUCACAGAGGAGUGA